AAUUGAGACAUGUUUCAUCAACAACACAUCGUGUUGUUCUUGUUCCUCUCUCACGAAAAUGGUUACUUCAAUCUCACCAUGGUUCUCUCCCAUUUCUAUAUCUUGCUCCAACACACGCAACCGUCGUUACCGUGUACCCACCCGCACCAAAUCCAAACCUCCUCCAAAUCCUAAACUCAACACCCACAAGUCCUCACCGGAACCGCCACUCCUCUCCGCCGGCGACGCCACCACCUACACUCGUCUCCCUCUCAGGGAAGACUUUUCUUCCACUUUCUCACCUUCCUCCUCUGAAAUCAAACUCUCCGAAUCAACACCAAUUCACCAAUUGCUCCACAAACUCGAUAACGAUGAUGAUGAAGAAGUAGUAGUAGAAGAAGAAGAAGAAAUCAAUGGUGAUUUUGAAGGAAUUGGUGAGUCUUUGUCUGAAGAUAAUGAAGAAUUGGAGUUUAUGGAUGAGGAGAUUGAAGAAGGUGAAGAAUUCUGGAGUGAAGAAACUGAAGAAGAAGUGAAGGAGAAAGGAUUACCGGCGGUGAUGCGGUGUUUUGACCGGGCGAAAAUCUUCGCGAAGGCAGGAGACGGAGGGAACGGAAGUAUGGCAUUCAGGCGGGAGAAAUACGUACCGUUUGGAGGGCCAUCAGGAGGGGAUGGAGGGAGAGGUGGAAAUGUGUAUGUGGAAGUUGAUAAAGCGAUGAAUUCGUUGUUACCGUUUAGGAAUGGGAUUCAUUUUCGGGCGGGGAGGGGGUCACAUGGACAAGGUAGGAUGCAGAUUGGUGCUAAGGGGGAUGAUGUGGUGGUGAAGGUGCCGCCAGGGACGGUGAUUAGGGAGGCUGGUAGGGAGGAGGUGAUUUUGGAGAUGGUUUAUCCGGGACAGAAGGCGUUGUUGUUGCCGGGUGGGAGAGGUGGGAGAGGGAAUGCUGCUUUUAAGAGUGGGAGUAAUAAAGCUCCGAAAAUUGCUGAGAAUGGUGAACAGGGUCAUGAAAUGUGGUUGGAGUUAGAACUGAAGCUGGUUGCAGAUGUUGGUAUAGUUGGUGCUCCAAAUGCAGGGAAAAGUACACUUUUGAGUGUUGUUAGUGCUGCAAAGCCAGAGGUGGCAAAUUAUCCCUUUACAACUCUGCUUCCCAAUCUGGGUGUUGUUUCCUUUGACUACGAUUCAACUAUGGUAGUGGCAGACCUUCCAGGUCUUCUUGAAGGAGCACACCGAGGUUUUGGUUUAGGUCAUGAAUUUCUGCGACACACUGAAAGGUGUUCUGCACUGAUACAUGUCGUUGAUGGUUCAUCACCACAGCCAGAUCUUGAGUUUGAUGCAGUUCGUCUAGAACUGAAGCUAUUUAAUCCUGAACUUGCUGAGAAGCCUUUUAUAGUUGCUUAUAACAAAAUGGAUCUUCCAGAAGCAUACGAAAACUGGGAAUCCUUCAAGGAAAAGUUGCAAUCUCAUGGGAUCACACCUUUUUGUAUGAGUGCUGUCAAAAGGGAAGGUACUCAUGAAGUUAUAUGUGCUGCUUAUGAGCUUUGGCGUAAAAAUAAAGAAGACAGGGAGGAAUAUGAAGAUGGACGAGAUAUGGUAGACAUGAAUCAUAUAGCUCAUGCGGUACAGAAGCAACGAAGUGCAUCAAUCAGUGAUUUUGAGAUUUUUCAUGAUAGCAGUUCAAAUGUUUGGAGCGUAGUUGGAUCUGGAUUGCAUCGUUUUGUCCAGAUGACAAAUUGGCGGUAUGUUGAUUCCGAGAAAAGAUUCCAAAAUGUCCUUGAGGCUUGUGGUGUAUUUAAGUCUCUCGUGAAACGUGGCGUAAAGGAAGGCGACAAAGUGAUUGUUGGAGAGAUGGAGAUGAUAUGGCAUGACUCCUCAAACAAAGCUGGUGCAUCAAAGAUGAAGAUGUCCACUGAUUCAAUUAAAUGGCCUGAAUGGAAGUAAUGCCACUCUAAUUGGGUGCUUCUAGCUCCAUAUGUACUGCAACUAUGAAAUAGCAGUUCAUGUAGGAAGCAAGUUUGGUCAAAAUGAGAUGACAUAUAUGAGGACAAAAAUCAUGCGAAGCUGCCUCAAGAAGCGUAACGGUAAAGAAUGCAAAUUACACACCUGUUCUUGAUGGCAUGAUGCAUUCACAAUUUCAAAUUCUUUUUUUUUGACGUGAAGCCGAGGUCUUCAACUGCCCACAAGUGUGUUAGUCAAGAUACAGUCGUAAGGGUGCACAUCCUACAUACAUUAUUUGUUGGCUUGAAUGGAUUUAAAACAUGUAAUCAACAGCAGAAAAUCUAACUGUUUGUGUAAUUUUAUGAUAUUGUGUUGUAACAAUUUUGUAAUAGGAUGUACGAUGUCUAAUAAUGUCACAUAAUUAUUAUGUAAGUUGCAUAAUUUGAUUAAAUUAGAGUGAAGGUCAAAUUUCGAGUUCCA